GAGAAAGAUGUUCAGAGAUGUUAUGCUGGAGAAUAUCAAUCAUCUGGUGUUCAUGGGGUAUCAGGUCUGCAUAUCAGAAGUGCUUUCACAGUCAGAACAAGGAGAACCAUGGAGAGAAGAAUUAAGUUUUCUCCAAGUACAGAGUCCAGGCAGGGAAAAUGACCAUAAAAAAGAAGAAAUUAUAAGCAGGCAACAUAUCUCUAAGAAGGACACAUCUACCAACCAGACAAAGCAGAUUUCUCACACUGAAGAGGAUCCCCUUGAAAGUAAUGAUUUGGGAGAAUAUUUCUCUCACUCCACAAUGACUGACAUGGGAAAGAAACCCAAUGUAAACAAACAAUUUCAAAGAGUUCUCAAUUAUCAUUCAUUCAUUUGUCAAAAUAAGAAAACUCAAAGUGAACAUGAGUCAUAUAACUGUCAUCUAUGUGGAAAAGUCUUCAGAAGUAGUUCUGGCCUUAGACAACUUGAAAAAAUACAUACUGGAGAAAAGCCAUAUGGCUACCAUCUGUGUGGGAAAGAUUUCACAGGUAGUACCACCCUCAGACAAUGUGAGACAACUCAUACUGAAGUAAAAGCAUAUGUCUGCCAUGUAUGUGGGAAAGACUUCACUGAUAUUUCUACACUCAGACAGCAUGAGAGAACUCACACUGGGGAGAAACCAUGUAUCUGCAAUAUGUGUGGGAAAUCCUUCAUUCAGCGUGGUAUCCUUAGGUAUUAUUACUUAUAA